AUGCUGAACUACGAAUUCUCCGACAAUCCGAUGUUCUAUUUAUUAGAUUGGAGUUUAAGAAUUGUAUGGAUACCCUACACAUAUUUAUUCCUCAAAACACCAGAAGAAGAUAAAAAAAUGAUAAUCUACCGUAUUUAUAAAUGGAUUUUUGUCAAUUUUCUCUACAAAAAAAUUAUGUUAUUCACCACUAUGUUGGUGAUAUUUUAUAUAGAAAUUAAUGGAUCAAGUAAUCUUCUAAUAGGUAUUCUAUUCAUGGUUGUCUAUUCUCUAACUCCAAUCUCUACAUCAGAACCAGGAUUUCUAUUAUUGAUUGCUUUGCAAAGAUUUAUCAUAAUAGCUGAUAUUCGAUAUUUUGUUAAACUCGUACAGGAUAAAGGUUUAAUUCUUCUCCUGAUUUUGCAUUAUAUAACCGUAUUUUCAUAUUAUAUUAUCAUGAAAUGGUUUAAAUGUGAACCUAGAGCAUGCACUCUUUAUUCUCUAGUCAACAAUAAUUCAGAUUGUAUUGAUGUGCAAUUUUUGUUAUACAUCAGAUUAUUUUCCGAAUCAAUAUGUUAUAUCAUCUCGAUAAUCUUAUUUAUCCUAACAUUCAUCUGUAUUCAUCAGAAUCGUCAUAUUUUAUCAGAAACUAAAAGAAGAGCCGAAUUAUCGAUAAUCUAUCAAAAUUUUCCCAUCGUUUUUCUAACAUUGCUUCAAUAUUUUGUAGCUUUGAUUAUUUAUAUGAAUCAAGGAAUGUAUGAUAAGCGAAAUAUUCUGAUUAAAAAAUACAUGUGCAGUGGAUUUGCUAGUGUUGAUUGUAUUUUCCCGAUCACUUAUACAAUUGCUAACUUUUCGAGGUUUCGCACAUCAUUUUCAAAGUGUUUUUGUUGCUUCAAAUGCUGUUUCAAGAAAAAUAAUCGAAUCAGUGAUCGAUCUUCACAAUUUAUGAGUACUAAAAGACACGGUGUUCCAGCUUGA